CGUCAUACCGGAAGUUCUUCUGGCAGUGAGCUGGACCGUCGGAGCGGCAGCAUCUUGAGCAUCCUUUGUAGCGUCGUUACUCCAGCUGACCGUGCAGUAACUAUGACAAAAGCUGCAGGGCGGUUCGCUGGGCACAUUCAGGGCUGGGCCAUGUGGUGAUGAGCGCUAUGCCAUGCAGAGGAGACACAGCAGCAACACGGAUGGCAUGCCCUCUGAAAGGAGCCGAAGCCAAACUCUGGGGUCGGAGAGCAGCCUAGAUGAAGGUGGUGUGUUUGAUUGCCUGAAGCCCGACUCACCUGCUUCACCCCAACAGAUCUUCUCAGGCCUCGUGGGUGUCCCCUCUGGCUCAGUCUCCUCUGCCCAAUUCCAGGCAGCUGGCUUGGUCCUAGGCUCUCCCCCUGAAGUGUUCAUCCAGAUGACUGCAUCCGCCAGAGAAGACGGGGGCCCCCACCGCACAGAGGGUGGCCCCUUCCUCCCUCGACCGCCUCAGCAUCACCACCACCAUCACCACCACUUCCACCACCAGCCGCUGCAGCACAGGACCUCCUCUCUGCUGCAGCAGGCCACCACGGCAGCUGGCUCCGAGAGGCACAGCUCCAGGGAGGAAGCCCAGGAGGACCAGUCCACGCCAGCCCCAGCCCUGUCCGAGCUGAAGGCAGUGGUCACGUGGCUGCAGAGAGGCUUUCCCUUCAUCCUCAUUCUGCUGGCGAAAGUCUGCUUUCAGCAUAAGCUAGGUAUCGCUGUGUGUGUAGGGAUGGUCAGCACAUUCGCCUAUGCCAAUUCCACAUUUAGGCACCAAGUCUCACUACGGGAGGAUCGAUCUGUGUUUGCCGCUCUGUGGAUCGUCAUGUUUUGUUCAGGGAACAUAGUGUAUAUCUACUAUACGUUCAGUCAUGAGGAGCUGCACAACAGCCUCAUAUUUUCCAAGCCCAACCUCAACAGCUUUGAUUUCUUUGAUCUGAUCUGGGUUGUGGGGAUCACCGACUUUGUCCUUAAGUACUUCACCAUUGGCCUGAAAUGCUUUGUCCUCUUCUUGCCCAAGAUUCUUCUGGCCUUCAAAUCCAGGGGGAAGUUCUACCUGCUGAUCGAGGAGCUGAGCCAGCUCUUCCGCGCCCUGGUGCCGAUCCAGCUGUGGUACAAGUACAUCAUGGGAGAGGACCCCUCCAGUAGUUACUUCUUGGGAGCCACUCUCAUCAUCAUCUACAGCCUCUGCAAGUCGUUUGACCUGUGCGGACGUGUAGCAGCGGUGCGGAAGGCCUUGGCCGUGCUCUGCAGCUCCCAGAGCUACGGCGUGCGGGCUGGCAGUCAGCAGUGCACUGAGGCCGGAGAUGUCUGUGCUAUUUGUCAGGCUGAGUUUAGAGACCCCAUCGCUCUCCUCUGUCAGCACGUCUUCUGCGAGGAGUGCCUGUGCCUGUGGUUCGACCGGGAGAGGACGUGUCCGCUGUGCCGCUCCACUGUUGUGGAUUCGCUGCGAUGCUGGAAGGACGGCACCACCUCAGCUCACUUCCAGAUCUACUAAGCUCCGCCCACUUAUCAUCGGCACCCAGAAGGACACCACUGCUCUAGCAUAAGUGCAGUAAAACCCCACAAGUAGUGAUUUUGAGUUAAGAAACGGUACAACCCGGGGGUUGAGGUCACAGCCACACCCCAAAUUCCCAGCCUGGAAACCUGAAGCUGUGUUGUAACAGUUACUAUGCAGCGAUGGGCCCCAUUUUUACAUAGACUUAUAGAUUUAGUUCGCGUUUGACUGGAUACGUUUAAUUUUACCCCUAUUUCUUGCCAUAAUUCAGUGUGGUGAUGUACAUAUUCAUGGCCGUCACAGGUUUUUUAUUUUGUUAUUUUCUUUUGGCAUGUCUGGAUAUUUAUCCUACAUGCCUUUAUUUGAUAUGUUGCAGUUUUGCUGUUAUUUAAAAAUGUAGUUGCUACCUUUUUAAACAGAACAAAUAUCUCAGCGUAGGAAAAUCAGUUUCAACUUGUGUAUUCAUCUGUCUGUGGUGAACCUUGUGAUAGACUGGUGACCAGUUCAGAGUGCACCACCUGGGACUGGUUGCUGAUAUAAUAAUGAAUGGAUGUGGGUAAGUAAAAGGGUCCUUGUCUGUAUCCAGUACUGUUAAUUAGUUACUAUCUAAUGAACAUGUGUUGGUGUGUGACUUUAUGACUUUGUUACAAGUGCAUAUUGUUUUGAUUUACUGAUUUGAGAUACAACUUUAAUGCACUGGUAAGAAUUAAAGCACUCAGCUCACUCA